CCGCCCCCCCGCCUGUCCUGACCUGCCUCGCUUGCCCCCAAAGAAUGUCAGCCAAGUCCAAGGGGACCCCCUCCUCGUCCUCCGCAGCCGAGGGACCGCCGGCAGCCUCCAAAACCAAGGUGAAGGAGCAGAUCAAGAUCAUCGUGGAGGACCUGGAGUUAGUCCUGGGCGACCUGAAGGACGUGGCCAAGGAACUUAAGGAGGUGGUUGACCAGAUUGAUACCCUGACCUCUGACCUACAGCUGGAGGAUGAGAUGACCGACAGCUCCAAAACCGACACGCUCAACAGCAGCUCCAGCGGCACCACGGCCUCCAGCAUCGAGAAGAUCAAGGUGCAGGCCAACGCGCCGCUCAUCAAACCCCCGGCACACCCGUCUGCCAUCCUCACCGUUUUGAGAAAGCCAAACCCUCCACCGCCCCCUCCGCGGCUGACACCUGUGAAGUGUGAAGACCCCCAAAGGGUGGUGUCAACUGCCAAUCCUGUGAAGACCAAUGGCACCCUCCUGCGAAACGGAGGCAUUCCCGGAGGACCGAACACGAUUCCAAAUGGAGAUGUCUGCUGCAUACCCAACAGUAACUUGGACAAGGCUCCAGUGCAGACUCUGAUGCAUAGACCUGACAAAGACAGGUGUCCCCAGGUGGGGCCUCGGGAGCGAGUACGGUUUAAUGAGCAAGUGCAGUACCAUGGCUGUUGUCCUGACUGCGAUACCCGGUUUACCAUGAAAAACAGGGAGGUCCACCUACACAGCGGACCGGGCCACCCACCAGGAAAGAUUCCUCACCAAGGUCCUCCCCUCCCACCACCACCCCAUCUUCCUCCUUUCCCGCUAGAAAACGGGGGGCUGGGAGUAAGCCACAGCAACAGCUUCCCCCCUCUCAGACCUGCGACUGUGCCUCCUCCCCCUGCACCGAAACCACAGAAGACGAUCUUGAGAAAAUCAACCACUACCACAGUGUGAUGUAUGGCAUUUCAAAAAAGGUUUUGUUUUAUUUUUUAAUUUUCUAUAUUAUAAACAUAAAAUAAUAAAAGAGCACUUUCUACUCAAGCAAUAAAAAGCCCAAAUAUAUUAAUCCUGCAUUCAGCAAAGUGGCAUAAAAAUCACCUGGUAAGUAUGCAGUAAAUUGCUUAUAUCCUGGGUGUACAUUAUUUUAAAUAUUGUAUCAUCAAAAACCACAGAGUAAUGAAAACACCUGAAUGCAUUGUCGUUGCAACUGACCUAUGACAAACUGUGACCUGCAGAUUUCAAAUAUUUUGAUUUAAUCUACGAGAUGGGAUUUGAUUCAUUUUAUUCAUGCCUAACUCAUCUAUGCAUUAAUAACAUGUCAUACUCUUAACUUUGAUCUAAUGCUUUUUAAUAAGAAAUUUUAAUACCGAAGGACUAUUUUGUUAUUUUUUUCUAAAGAUGUUUGUCACUAGUUUUGCAUUAUUAAAUGCUGAGGACAAUACCAAAAAGUUUAUUUUCUAUACUACGCAAUUAUGAAUUAUAUGUUCAGCGAUAAUAUGUAAUAAAAUAUUUUGGUCUGUGGAGAUAUCAUUCUAUCAAUAAACAACAGUAAAUAAUGGCAAAACCAAAUGUUCCUCAGAGUUAAAAUGAAGCAUUCAUUCAUUUAAUCCCAUGUUUAUAUUCAUCAAAAUGGGCAGUAAUCCUGACAGAGUUGGGAGAGGAUCACAGUGAGUGUAUGUCAGAAUUUUAUAAAAUUAGAUAUGAUAAUCCAUGCCCCAGCUAGAACUUUACACAUUUAAGUUAGAAUUAGAUAUGAUAAUCCAUGCCCCAGCUACAACUAUGUACCUGUGUAAAGUGCAGGGAUUCAGGAAUCAUCUAUUGAACUCCCCUAGAACCUCCUCACUUUCCUCAUUCUUCAGCACACAACACAACCUGUUCAUUAAAACCAUGGAAUGAUUUGCCUUCUGCAUCAACAAACUCUGCCUCCUUGAGGGAACCCACAUUUACAAGAGAAUUACAGGGAAAUGCAUAGAUGCUUCUGGUAACAGGAUAUGUUUACCACCAGCCUUAGACUUGUUUUAGGAUUUGAAAGAUGCCAUGGUUCUUUACUGUCCUAUAGAAAAAAGAGAAGGAAUCUUUCCCUUCCACCAAAUAAGUUUUUCUCUUCCGUCUCAUUCAUCAGGUGAGCAGUCUUAUCCACCCAUGGACCGAGUUCAGUUCCCAACUGCAUGGACUUUUCCUCUGAAAUCAGAAUGAAUUUAUUUUCCCUAAAAGUCAUGAUGAGGACUGGUGCCUGAACAAAAUUGGCCCACUAGGUGGUUAGAGUAGGAGUCACCUUUGGUGGAAAUUUAUUCAUCCUUCAACUUUAAUAGAGACUUCAGUUACCCUUCUUGAAUAUUUGAUUUUUGAUCUCAAGACUUAGUUUUGCUGCUUCAAGGAGUUAGUCUUCAACCAUAUUUCUUCGUUUUGUUUUGUUUUUAUUUCAAGCUAUUUCAUGGUAAUUUGGAAUACUGUUUUUAAAUAUCUUCCUAUGAACAAAUGAUAAUAUAUUUUAAGAAGAAUACAGAAAUAAGAUAGGCUUUAUUUUUUAAAGGAACAAUUGAAUGAAUGAAAACAUAGAAUGCCAUGUUGAACACUUCCUCGGCAUGAUUUUAUUGUGUAUGUGUUGCACAUGAAGAGAUGCCAGUGAACAACCGAACUUUUCAAAAAGUUGCAAAUAUAAGUACAAUAAUCAAGAAAGACCAUAAACAAUUAUUAACUGUAUGAUUAGUAUGUUUAAUAAAUAUGAGCCAGGUAAAUAAA